CCUCAAGGAUCAGGAGGAGGAGAACAAAUCUGCACCAUGAACUUGUGGCUCCUGGCCUGCCUAAUGACCUGCUUCAUAGGCACCUGGGCCCCUGCUGUCCAAGCUCAAGGUGUCUUUGAGGACUGCUGCCUGGCUUACCAUCCCUACAUCAAGCAGACUGUGCUCCGGCGGGCCCAUAGUUACCAUCACCAGGAUGUGAGUGGGAGCUGUAACCUACCCGCUGUGAUAUUCCACUUCCCUCGCAAGAUGGUGUGUGGGAACCCAAAGGCCAAGUGGGUACAAAAUGGGAUGAGGUUACUGAAUCAUCGGAAAAAGCAUCACCAAGGCACCUCGGGAAACUUCCAAGGCUCUCACACUAUUGGGAAGAAGCUGAGCUCUGGAACCUACAGGGUUCCACACUCCUUGUUUAGAGGUGGCAUUGGAAGCAGCAAGAGGAAUGCCUCCCUCCCAACAAUAGCUAAUCCAGGAUAG